AUGGCGAAUCGACUAGACAAUGAGUACGAUUACUUGUUCAAGAUCGUCCUCAUCGGCGACUCCGGCGUUGGCAAAUCCAACAUCCUCUCCAGAUUCACCAGAAACGAGUUCUGCCUCGAAUCCAAAUCCACCAUCGGCGUUGAAUUCGCCACCAGAACUCUACAGGUUGAAGGCAAAACAGUGAAGGCUCAGAUUUGGGACACAGCAGGACAAGAGCGUUACAGAGCCAUCACUAGCGCUUAUUACAGAGGAGCUGUUGGUGCUCUUCUCGUCUACGACAUUACAAAGAGACAAACGUUUGAGAAUGUUCUGAGAUGGUUACGUGAGCUUAGGGAUCAUGCUGAUUCCAACAUUGUGAUUAUGAUGGCUGGUAACAAAUCAGAUUUAAAUCAUUUGAGAUCUGUUGCUGAUGAAGAUGGACGAUCUCUAGCUGAGAAAGAAGGUUUGUCGUUUUUGGAAACGUCUGCUUUGGAAGCGAGUAAUAUUGAGAAAGCGUUUCAGACUAUUUUAUCUGAGAUUUAUCAUAUCAUAAGUAAGAAGGCUUUAGCUGCACAAGAAGCUGCGGGUAAUCUUCAGGUUCCGGGACAAGGUACUGCGAUUAACAUAACGGAUUCGUCUGUGGCUAACAGAAAAGGAUGCUGUUCUACCUAG